ACAGGUUCCUAUGCCUUAGUGAUGCUGCCUCCGGAGAGGGAGGGGCUCUGUCGCGAGUGGUCCUUCCUUCGAACGCGGUGAAAACGCCUUGAUCCGAAGUGACAGGGCGGCAUGGAAGAGAACGACAUGGAAAAGAAAUUGCAGGGUUGUAAAAAAGGUUCUUCUCAAAGAGAAAUCCCUGUCCCACCAGCUGUACUGUUGCUGUUUGUAAUGGGCCUUAUGAACAUCAUCCUCUACCUCUACCUUGAUCAUGUUUUUGUCUCUCCUCCGCCCGCUGUUGUGGAGGCCCUUCGCUGUCCCUUUGGGACUUUCCGUAUGGGACAGAUGAAAAAUUGUUCCCCAUGGCUCUCUUGUGAAUCCCUGAGAACAGAAGUCAGGAAACUGAAACGUGUUGGGGAAGGAGCUGUGAAAAGGGUCUUUCUUUCUGAAUGGAAGGAACAGAAAGUGGCUCUUUCACAGCUCACCAGACCAGAGAUGAAAGAAGAUUUCCUCCACGGUGUGAAGAUGCUGAAAGCCUUACAAAGUGAACAUGUCGUCAUGCUGCUUGGCUAUUGCGAAGAUGAUGGCACUCUGCUUACCGAAUAUCAUCCUUUGGGAACUUUGAAGACCCUGGAAGAAACAUUAAGCCUCCCUAAAUACCAAAGCCUGAACACCUGGCAUCACAGAUUGAAACUGGCAAUUAACUAUGUAAACAUUAUUAACUAUUUACACACUAGUCCCUUGGGCACCUUGGUGAUGUGUGACUCAAAUGACUUAGACAAAAUACUUUCUCAGUACUUGUUGACAAGCAGUUUUAAUAUCGUGGCAAAUGAUCUUGAUGCUUUGCCUACUGUCAACAAGGACAAGGGGAUCCUGGUCAGAUGUGGCCACAGGGAGCUCCUGGGGGAAUUUGUAGCCCCUGAGCAACUUUGGCCUUAUGGAGAGGAAACUCCUUUUAAUGAUGAUCUCAUGCCACCAUAUGAUGAGAAGACAGACAUCUGGAAAAUACCUGAAGUCUCCAGUUUCCUUUUGGGGCAUGUGGAAGGGAGUGAUGUAGUCAGAUUCCAUUUGUUUGAGAUCCACAAGGCAUGUAAGAAGAAGAAUCCAGAAGAAAGGCCUUCAGCCCAGGUGGUCCUAGACACUUACCAAAAGGUUUUGAAUUCACUUAGAGACACAGUCAUGCCUGGGGUAAGAGAAAUGUUGUGAAAACCAGACUAAACAGUAAGAGGAGGGCCAUGAUGAUUUAAUGGAAGAAUACAAGCUACUUUUCUCAGUUGACAUUUUUAGUCUUGGUUGUGGCAGUCUUCAGCUGCACUCAGAUGGUUAUUUUCAGUCAUCUCUUUGUAAAUGUUGAGCUGAAAAAUGGUAAAAAAAAAAUUGGGGGGGAAGAGUGGGAAGAGGAGUGAUAUGUGCAUGGAAGACGUAGAAAGGACAUUGCAUUUCAAGUCAGAGGCCCUGAUUACAUGGGUUCAAAUCCUGGCUCUAUCACUUACAAUCUUUGUGAUAUUAGUUAACUUCUUCUGGAUCUCAGUUUCCUUAUUUGCAAAAUGAACGGGUUGGCCAAGAUGACCUCUGUAAAGUUUGUUUCCUGUUCUUACGAACUUUGGACCUUAUUUUAAAUCUAGCUUCCAAUUCCUUUCUCA